GCAUUUUUUUACUGUCAGAUGUAUUAUUCACUGGAUGCUAACUCUGUGUGUUAAACAAUAUACCUAUAAGUCUGGACAUGUUCAGACAAUAAUGUGACGAACAGAUAAGCGACUUUAUUCAAUCUAUCAACUUUAAGAUUACACAAAAAUGGGUCUCGCGAUCAUGUGAGCAUACACCUUGUUAUGAUAAAUUGAGAGGACAUAAAUAUCUAACGGUUACAAUGAUUUUGAGAGUUUUGCUAGCCAUAUCGCUGUGUGCUGUAGGCCAAGGACUAGACAAUGGUUUGGCUUUGACGCCACCUAUGGGCUGGUUGUCAUGGGAACGUUAUAGAUGUAAUAUCGACUGUGACAAUGACCCCGACAAUUGUAUCAGCGAGAAUUUGUACAUGGCAAUGGCUGACGCAAUGGUAUCGGAAGGUUACAAGGAUAAAGGUUACGAGUACGUGAACGUAGAUGAUUGCUGGAUGGAGAAAGAACGGGACGCCAAUGGUACACUUGUAGCAGAUAGAAAACGAUUUCCACAUGGCAUGAAAUGGCUUGCUGAUUACAUGCAUGCUAAAGGUUUGAAGCUCGGUAUAUAUGAAGAUUUUGGAACCUUUACAUGCGGGGGUUACCCUGGAAGCAAAUUCUAUCUUGAAAAGGACGCCGACACGUUUGCGUCUUGGGGAAUAGAUAUGGUCAAACUGGACGGAUGCUACUCUGAUAUUGAAGAUAUGGAAUAUGGUUAUCCCGCGAUGUCAUUCUUCUUGAAUCAAACUGGGCGUCCAAUGUUGUACUCCUGUAGUUGGCCAGCAUAUGUUGUCUUCUAUCAAAAAAUACCUGACUAUAAGAAGAUUGCUAGUUAUUGUAACAUCUGGAGAAACUAUGCAGAUAUACAAGAUUCCUGGGACAGUGUUAGAGGGAUUAUAGAAUUCUAUGGUAACGAUACUGGAAACUUCAGUCUUGUUGCCGGACCUGGAAACUAUAAUGAUCCGGACAUGAUCAUUGUUGGUGACUAUGGACUGAGUUACGAUCAACAACGGGUACAGAUGGCAAUGUGGGCGAUCAUGGCCGCGCCUUUAUUGAUGUCAAUAGAUCUGAGGAACGUGAAACCGGAAACCAAAGCUUUGUUACAGAAUGAUUACAUAAUCAUGAUUAAUCAAGACAAAUAUGGAAGCAUGGGACGAAGAAUUAUGAAGAGUGGACCAUAUGAGGUCUGGACGAAAAAAAUGGGAUUAGAUGAUAAAGGAAUGGCAUUUGCUUUCCUGAACUUAGAUGACGCAGGAGGCCCAAUCCCUAUAAGCAUGCCGCUAUACCAACUUGGUUUGAAUAUUGCCGAGGGGUAUAACAUCACUGAAGGUUUCACCGGAAAGUUCAUUGGUACUCUAAAACCGCACGACAUUCUCAACGCCACUGUAGACCCUUCUGGGGUGUGGCUGGGAGUAGCAUAUUUUGAUUGCUAAAAUAAUUGCAUAAAUUGUUUUUCAUGAAGAUUUAUUUUGAAAGUUUCGAAAUUGUUAAAAAAUUAAAUGUUAAGAUUUUUGGCAAGUGGUUAAUAUAAGUAUGAUUUAAAUUAUCCAUGAUUUUUCAGAACAUGAAAAUUGUCUUUACUUGUUAGAUAACAGAAGGUUGGUCAUACAUCAAUGAUCAAUUCGACCAUAGGUUAUAAAGAACAUUCAGAGAAAAAGUGUUGCUAAAAUGAAAAUAUUUUACAGUGUUUUCAUGGGGAAAGUGAUUUUCAUAUAUUUUCUAAUUUGCAUAUCGUCUGAAGAUAUUAAAAUUAUAUUAAUAUAUCACAUAACUUAUAAUUGUAUAUUGUAUAUUCAUGUCCUUCCUGUUUGUAAAUAGAUUUGAACUUGUUGCAAAUUAGAGAGAAUAUGUUUUGAUUUUUUUCUAUGAUUAUGUCCCUUUCUAUAUAAUUUUUUACAUUAGUUUAAACAUAUCCAUUUCCCGAAUAUAUAUAUACAUUUACAUAUAAUUAUACAUAUACAAUACAAAUCAAACAUUUUUAUAUUCAAGAAAAUGAAAAAUGAAAUUAGACUGUACGAAUGUGAGGUCUGGUUAUAAAAAAAAACUGAUCAUCUCCGGUUUUAGCUGGUUAAGGAUUUUACAAUGACUUUACAAUCCAUACUUUAUAUCUUGACUGUCGACCAGGUAAUGUGCAAUAAAAAUUGUAAAAAAAAACAA